AUGACAAACUGUCAAAAGAAUAAAGGAGAUAUGGAUACAACACCCGAAGAAAUCCUACAUCCUACUCUCGGACCAAUUUAUUCAGGGAAAAUGAAAACAAGACUGUGUUUAGUAUUAGACUGUAUUAGUCCACAUGAUUUUUGUGAAAAAUCAGCAGCCUUAGUAAAUCUUCAGCAUUAUGUGAUUCGAGAGAAAAAAUUGUCUGAACGUGCGGCCGUUGCUAUAUUUUAUAAUGUUAUAUGCGUAGUUGAAAGUUUACACAAGAAAAAUAUAGUACACCGUGACCUAAAAUUAGGCAAUUUAGUUUUAAACCGUAGAACAAACAAAGUCACAAUAACAAAUUUCUGCCUAGGAAAACAUUUAUCAAGAGAAAGUGACUUGUUAAAUGAUCAAAGAGGUUCACCAGCAUACAUAUCUCCAGAUGUCCUAUGUGGACAUCCAUAUCAUGGCAAACCCUCCGAUAUGUGGGCCUUGGGUGUAGUUUUAUACACGAUGCUCUAUGGCCAAUUUCCAUUCUAUGAUUCUUCACCUACAGUAUUAUUUUCAAAGAUAAAGUCAGCUGACUAUAUUUUACCAGUGGAUGGUAGGGUAUCGAACAGUACCCUAAUACUAAUAAGACAAUUACUAGUGCUGGAUCCAGAUAGAAGAUACACUGCCACAAAAGUACGAGGUGCUCUUGAAAGUAUUAUUUUUUCAAACAGAGGACCAAAUAGUGAUAUUGAUAUGCAAAUUGUACCAGAUAUUGAUGAUAAUGACACGAAGGAAAAACCCAAAAAGACCGAUACAUCUACAACACCCCUCACAAACAUCCCCAUAUCCCAAUGGGUACAACCGAAAACCUUCGAAAACUUCGAAGACACCUUCCUGACCACCAAACCAAUAAUCCACCAAACCGAAAACGACGCUCGGGGCCUCACAUCCGCCGAAAAGGUACAAUACCAACACCUACUCAGUCUUAGCAAUAUAAACAACCUCAUAAACACUCGAGUCGGCGGCCAAAGGGACAAUAGUAAUACAAUCACAUCAGGAAUUGUCAGCAGCACAAAUAACGACGACUCAUCUAGUUCAUCCUCUAAUUUAGCGUCACAAAUAAAUAUUAUGAUGGAAAGUUCACCGGAGAUGAUGAGGGGUUUAUCUAAUUCCUCGUCCCGGUUGCCCCAAAGGUUUUCGCGGAGCUCCGAUAGAAGACCGAGGGUAUUAAGAUUUAAUGGAGGUCAGCAGUUUUCGGCGAGCAGGAAUCAGAGUAGUAGAUUGACGUCGAGGUUGAGGAAUUUGCAACUGUUUAUGAGGUCUUAUAUGGAUACGACGAGCGAGCCCUUGAUGGGUAGUUUGAGGUAUCAAACUGGAGGCGGAGGUGGUACUGGUGGUGAUGGAAGGUCGUAG